AUGGCGGCGCACCAGAUCGCCAUUGCAAAGGCUGCCUUCUCGGCGGGUCUCCUGCGUCCGGAUCCAACGUCGGUACCACGCGAUGACAUUGCCGCGUUCCAUGCCUCCCUCGACCGCGUCCUAUCGCAGUGCACCCCAGCAAAUAUCCAGACGUGCAAAGCAUGGUUACUCCACUAUGUCGCUUCAUCAUCUAGCCGCGUAGGAGGAUGGGCCAAAUAUUUGGUUGCGCUGGCCGGCUCCCUUGCGGAGGGCACCAAACCCUCACCCAAGCGCCGACGGCUCCACAUACUCUACCUCCUCAAUGAUCUGUUGCACCACAGCAAGUACCACCUCGACACCACGGCCACCUUCUCCACCGUGAGCGGGACCUUGCAGCCCUACCUGGUGGACUUGGUUGGACACGCGGCUGCUUAUGAUCGGGAGAAACACCCCCGCCAUCAUCGGCGGUUAGAUGAUCUGCUAGACAUCUGGUCCGAGCACGGUUACUUCAGUUCCGACUAUGUCCAGAAGUUGCGCGUGGUGGUGAAGAAUUCCGCUUCAUUGGAAGCGCCACCAUCAUCCAGUGAUGACCGAGCCGGUGACACCAACCCGAAGCCACCCGGCAAAGAUGUACCGUUCGUCAUGCCAUCGACUCACGGUGAUCCAUCUACGCCAUACUAUGAUCUUCCCGCCGGCAAUCUGAUCCCUCAUAUCAUCCCCAACUCAACCAUACCACUCCGGCCCGAUACCAUCAGGCCACUCCAAUUCCUGGCAGGACCUGCGGACGCGACGCUGAUUCACACUCUCAAAAAUUUCUUGGAGGACGUCGAUCGGAUAUAUGGGACGGUUGAUCUUGCCAAAGAGGACGGGGAAGAGGACAUUGACGAGCUGGGCCAGGCCGUCCUCAGGGAUGAGAUCACGGGGGAUAUCCUCGACGGGGAAACAUAUUACGGCUGGAGUCGCACGUUUUGCCAGCAGAUGAAGAAGACACCCAACGAUUCACGCAGUCGGAGUGGAAGCCCCAGCGGAACUCGAAAUGAUCAUAAACGCCGGCGCUACAGCGACAGCUCUGUCAGUAACCGAAGCGAUUCAAGAUCUCGGUCCCGAUCACGCAGAGACCAUACACGUCGCCGCUAUGGCUCCCGCUCACGCAGCCGUGAGAGCUCUUACUCUCCCCGAGAACCAUCACCUCCACGAUUCCCCCCUCCUCAUCAACCAUCACACCCAACAAUACACGGCCACCCCCCUCCGCCUCCACCUCACUCAGGUUUUCCUCCACCUCCACCCAACUUUCACGGCGCCUGGCCUCCACCCCCACCCCCACACAUGCCGGGCAUGCCUUUUCCUCCUGGGAUGAACAUGAACAUGAACCCGGGUGGUUACCCUCCUUUCCCUCCACAUCCUUCCAUCCCCAUGGCUCCGGGACAACCCUUACCUCCAGGCCAAUAUCAUUUUCCCCCACCUCAUCAACCCCCGGCCCAGCAUGGCCCACCCUGGGAUGCUGCCGCGGCAAGGAAAAAUUGGCGAUAA